AGCACGGUCGCCGGUGGCCUUAAGGGAACCGCCAAGCGUACUGCGUUUGGAGACCUCAGCAACACCGCAGGAGCCGCCAACCAGCACGCGGUCGCCGGUAACGGCCUCGGCAAGCACGCCCUCUCUGCAGCCAUGCCGACGACCAAGGUGUACAAGGACGCCAACAAGGAGAAUGCCGUUAAGAACAAGGAAGCCUUGCUCCGUCCGGCACAACGCCCUUCCACCAGCCUGAAACCCUCGAUGGCUGCCCAAGGCUUGCCCGCGGUGGCUGACACUCGGGCUCAGCCCGUGCCAAAGCAGACUGGGGCCAGGAAGACGACAAUGGUCUACCACGACGAGUACCAGCAAAAGCCCCGAAGCCUCAACCGCCACUACCGGAGCCAGCCUCAGCUGAAGUCAACAGAAGCCCCAGUCAUCCGACGAUCGGCGAGCAAGCACGUCCUCCAGAAUAUCGAUUACAGCGGCGCAGACGAUGACAUCGACGCGAUGCCUUACGAGAAUGCUAUGGAGGAGUUGCCGUGCGACGAGCAGGCCCUUCAAGGCUCGUGGAUGCCCGUGCCAGGCCCAGUCGGGCCGCUGAUCACCGCUGAGAUGGAGCCUCUCCAACCUGAGCCCGCUGCAGCUCCUUCGGACCUGCUGCCAUCUGGCCUGGUCAUGCCAGAGUCUGAGGAGUACUGGGACGAGGAGGAUGAUGAGUACGACGAGCAGGGAUAUACGACCGCCCAUUCCUACAAAUCGUACGGCGACAAUACCACGUCUGCCACCAGCCUGGUUAUUCCAAGGAAGACAGUCAAGGACCAGAGAGAGCUGGACGAGGCUAGAGCAUAUGUGGAGUCCAUAAGGCCAAGGGACGAAGCUGAUGAGGAGAACUGGGACGUCAGUAUGGUGGCCGAGUACGGCGAGGAGAUUUUUGAGUACAUGCGGGAGCUGGAGGAUCGGAUGCGUCCGAACCCUCACUACAUGGAGCAGGUACAGCUCGAGAUCCAGUGGUCGAUGCGGUCUAUCCUGAUGGACUGGCUCGUUCAGGUCCACAGUCGAUUCUCGCUUCUCCCUGAAACACUCUUCCUCACCGUGAACUACAUUGAUCGUUUCCUCUCGUGCAAGAUGGUCUCUCUGGGUAAGCUCCAGCUUGUUGGUGCCACUGCCAUAUUUAUUGCGGCCAAGUACGAGGAGAUCAACUGCCCCUCCGUACAGGAAAUCGUCUAUAUGGUUGACAAUGGUUACACCAUGGACGAGAUCCUCAAGGCAGAGCGCUUCAUGUUGAGCAUGCUCCAAUUUGAGCUGGGUUGGCCUGGCCCAAUGAGCUUCCUCCGUCGCAUCAGCAAGGCGGAUGAUUACGACCUGGAGACUCGGACGCUUGCCAAGUACUUCCUGGAGGUGACUAUCAUGGACGAGCGGUUCGUGGGCUGCACGCCCAGCUACAUUGCAGCCGGUGCCCACUGCCUGGCGCGGCUGAUCCUCAACAAGGGCGAUUGGUCACUCCCACACGUCCACUUCUCGGGCUACACCUGGGCUCAACUCAGGCCCCUGGUUGCCGUGAUCCUGGACUGUUGCCAGACACCAGACAGACACCACAAAGCCGUGUACGAGAAAUACCGCGACCGCCGGUUCAAGAAGUCCUCUACAUUUGUCCGGGAUGAGCUCGCCAAGGGUUUUACCCUU